AACGAAGCUAUUAUUCGUUGCCAGGCAACGCCUAUACGAGAUCGUUCAGCGACUUUACAAAGAUGCCACCAAAGAAGAAGGGGAAGGGUAAAAAAGGAAAGAAAGGCGGAAAGGGAAAAGAUGAUGCAUCAAAUGAAUACGAGAGACCAAAAACACCAGAACCAACCGAGAAAGAGAUAUUGCUGCAGCAAGAGUUGGUUAAGGUCACAGAAGAACUUGAAAAUUCAAAGAAAAAGGUUGAAGAUUUACGGGAAGAGAAUGACUGGUUGCAGCAGGAGGCUCACAAAGUGCGAGUGGAGAGUCAUGAGUACAUGAGUUACAUGGAGAAGAAGACCAGCAAGCGUCAGACUGCGAUCAUCACACUGAGUGACCACAACAAGCAGGAGAUACGCAACAUUCAGAUGCAGAAACAGCUCAUGGAGGAGGAGUUCGAUGAGAAAAAGAAAGCCCUGGAGAAUGUGCGGCUGGAGAAGCAGCAUAUGCUAACCAAGACAAAGCAGGAGCUGAGUGACCUUCAGGAAUACAAGGACCUCCAGACAGAGCAGCUCACCAAGAUCCGCAACCUGGAGAAGGAAGUGAUGAAGAUGCGUGCCAAGCAUUCCGAGACAAUCCAGCAACUCAAGUCAAAUUUUCUCACUGAGAAACAUGACUUCCAGCAGGACUCCGAAACUCGGAUAACAACCCUUGAGAAAAAGGCUAACAAGGAGGCAACUCAAUGUCUGACGGAACACACAAACCACAUCAAGACGGAGAACCGGCAGUUGAGGCGAAAAUUGCUGGGGCUGAUACAGACGACCCGGGCACUGCACCAACACAAGGCCGAACUCGAGGAGCAACGCAGACAGCUGGUGCGAGAACAACAGUAUGCAGAUGAUCUGAAAAAGCUCCGGAAUUCUCGCCAGCACAAGGUGUACAAAUCCUUUGGUCUGUUGGAUGAAGAGGGAGCAGAUGGUGUUGGGGUGGGGACAUGACAGGUUUUUGAUCUGUUCAUGUGUGCUUUGAGAUGGUACAGGAAACAAGACUAUGCCAACUUACUUCAGUGCAGUUAUGUGAGGUGCCAGUGUUCUGUUCAUUGAAACAGCAUAACUUGGUUUUGUCUGCAUCACACUGCUGAUGUCAAAUAUGCCAAAAAUGGGGAUAUCUGGACAGUUCGGAGGUGAUAUCCUGGUAUAUUUAGGUGUACCUAAAAUGCCACACGUUGCCAGAAGAUACUGUUGUAACUAUCCUUUGAUCCAUGUCAUCAUGUUUAAGAAAACAUAAACUAUUUCAUUGAAUUUUAUUGUUGAAGAAUUUAAAGUAAGUAUACAGUAAAAUGGAUGAUUGGUCUUCCAACAGUUGAUGGCAUUGUUCUUCACAUGAUGUUUCACAAAGAAUACCGUGUACAUACGCCAAAAGAUGGACAUAAUGCAAUCUCUGAUAAUGAAUUAAAUCAUAUUUACUGUCAA